CCCCCAUAUACCCACUUAUCUAUUGACUAUUUAACCGUCUUCACCACAUCUUCCGCUGGGUCUUCUCUUGCAUAAUGGAUCCCUGUGUCUUUUCCACCUCUGGUGCCGCGACUAUGAGGCGCAUGUCGGCAGCCAAGGUCCCGCUCUCGUCCAGGAGCCACAUCGAGAGCCUUGAUGCGGGCUUGUCCUCGGUAAAUGGUGCGCGUGAGGUCAUCACGCAGAUACGGUCGCGGCAGCUCGUCACCAAGCUCAUUCUCGGACACAACGAACUCGGUGAUGAUGGCUGUGAGACAUUAUUUCGCUUCUUGCACUCUCCCCAGGGCCGGGGGUAUCCCGUUGCGGAGAUAAGCCUCAACUCAAACGGAAUUGGCGAUCGCGGACUGCUUGCAAUAAGCGAGUACUUGAAGGACAAUAUGACGCUGAAGGAGCUCUUUCUCCAGAACAAUGCUUUCGCCGGCGAACCGGAGGUCGUAGCGGCAUUUGUGGAGGCUUUGAAUACCUCCCGGCUGGAGACGCUUUCCCUGACAACUAAUCAAGCACUCGGUGAUACUUUUGCCGCUCAAUUCUUCCCCGUGCUCGACGCUCUGUUCUUGCGCGAGAUCCAGCUUUCGGUCAUGGGUCUUACCUACCAUUCUGCCCCGCACAUUAUUGAGUACCUCUCCUCAUCGCGCUGUCGUUUGAGCACACUCAGGGUCAACGGGAACCGCUUGGGAAUCCGCGGUGGGCGGGGCAUUGUGCGUGCGCUGCAGCGACACAACUUCACGCUCACAAAGCUAGAGAUGUACGCGAAUGGCAUAGUGGACGCGGACGCUUCCAGCGAAACCACUGGGAGCGACGACGACGGGACAGGCACGAUGAUGUGGGCGGACAAGCAGAAAGAACUCGAUCGACUCCUGACGCGUAAUAUGCACCUGAAACGAGCGACGGGGCGCGAGGCGCUGAGUCUCCUGCAGUACGCGCGGGCGGUGUUGCUCAGGCCGAGGAACGAUGGUACGGGGACCGGGGUGUCAGCGUGCAUGGCGCUCGUGCCGUCGCGGUCCCCGAUCCCGAUGGACAGCCUGCUCUCGGCCAUUGCGGCACCAUACGUACUGUCCCCCCCGGAGCCUGCAUUCCCCUUUCAACGCCUGCCCACGGAGCUGCAGCUGCACACCCUGUCAUUCCUCGCGCCAACAUUGUCCUCCGCUCAGCGCAUCCGGAUCUACACCUACGCCGCGUCACCAUCCACGCUCCCGCCUCUGCUGCCGACACUCUUCUCCCGGGAGAACGUGCCGGAUCUGUCCACUAUGCCGUUGGGGGGGAUCGGCGUGGGCGUGGGCAUGUUGUUGGGCAAGCGAGUGGGCAUGAGUUCACGCGCGGGGUUCGGUGCGCUCGACGGGAAGGAUGGCGAGGGCGCUGCUUCGCGGAAAGACGAGGAGCGCGCGCGGUGGCUGACGCUGAUGCGGUGCAAUGCGUUUGAGCUGGAGGAGGAUGGUAUGUGGAGUCCUAUUCUUGAUGGGAACAUUUAAGGUACAUCAGGCCAGGAUAGAGACGAUUAGAGGACAUGGAUUUGGCGGAGGCUGGCACUGGAUUUGUAGAAUAGCGACGUUGUAUUUAUUAGUAUGCAUAUAUGCAUAGAUGGAUAUCCUUAUAUUUUUCGCUUCGGGCAUAG